GGCGUAUAUAUUUGAUAUAUUUGGACAACCACACGAAACCUCUUAGAAUGCAUACUUUUCAUCUGGUUGGCAUUCGAAUAUGGGUGCAGGAGUUCAUAUGGGUGCAGCACCAGCCGGAGCAGUUCCGAACGUUCUGAGCGACUGUGGCAUGGCAAGUGGGCGCAAGACGAUCUCGCUGGCGGGGAAAGUCGCGAUCGUGGACGAGUACGAGGCCUCUGGAGGAACCAUCUACGCCACGGCCAAGAAGCAUGGGAUCCAGUGCAACCAACUGUCGCGAUGGUUGAAGAACAAGGAGACCCUGGCGGCGGCGGCGACGCUGAACCCGUCCAAGGUGACUCUGAACCCAGGUAAAGCGGGGGGCGGAAAGGAGCGACAUGACACACAGUCGUCCGUGGUCGAUGGCAGCAGCACCAGUCCGACAACACGAAAACGCAAACGGCCCCCGCCAAGCUCUCCACCUGUGGUUCCACCAACGUCGCCCGCGAGCACCGUGUCUUGCCCAGAUCAGGCGCAGUCGUCCUUCCUCAAGGCAUCACGAGUCAGCGCUAUGGUGGCUCCGCCCACUGCGAACCGUCUCGGCUGGGAAGACACCGUGUCGAACCUCACUCGCGUCAUGCACACCUACAACGACCACCAAGCCCGUCUCGUGGACCUUCAUCGGGAACGCGCGGAAGCAGACCGUGACUUGCAAGAGCGACGGCUUGCUGUGGACACGCGCUUGGCCGACAUUGCGCAAGGUCACCUCACCAGCAUCCAAGCCCUGCUGGUCGAGUUGAAACGCCUCACGUAACUGGUGAAAUGUACAUUUUUCGAAUGGUUUGUGUGUAGAAAACGCGAGAGAUGGACUUCGAUUGGUGGAAUCAAGGCAUGCCAACCAAUGAUUGGUCAUAAAUCUGCGAAGUACUACGUAGUACGUAGUACUACAUAUUAAUACGUAGUAAUACUAGUACAUUGUGCUACAG